AUGCCUUUUCGCCUAGCCAAGGAACAAGAUUUCCUGAAUCUGAAGCAGGGGACACUAAGCGUCAGCCAGUAUGCUGCCAAAUAUGAGGAGCUGUCUUGUUACGCUCUAAACUCCAUACCUACCAAAGACAAGAAGGCAAGAAGGUUCGAGUGGGGGCUGACGACAGCUCGGAGGACAGUGGUAGCUCAAGGUUUUACCACCUAUGCCGAGGUGGUGAAGUGUGCUCUCUGGCUAGAGAGUGUGGAGACUGACUUCAAAACCCGAUGCAGGAAGGCAAAUAACAGCACCAGUGGACCAAUCCAAACCGAACCACCCAGCAACAACCGUGGACCUUACCCCACCAAACCCUCUAAUCUACCUCAAAGCAACCAACCCUGGGGAACUGCUACAUUCAGACGUAGUGAACCGCAGAGGGGCAAGCGAGAUCUGAUGACAGUUAGGUGUUACAACUGUCAGUCUAUGGGCCACUAUAGCCGCCAAUGCCCGCAACCUCAGAAGGAGGGUAAUGGGAGCUUUGGACAGACAGGUUUUGUGAAACAAAACCUUGGAGGCCCAUCGCAGCAGAAAAGCAAGGGGAAGCAGCCCAUUAGAACCCAACAAGGCACUGGAGGGCGUAUUUUUGCGCUGCAGACUGAGGAACAAGAGCAGGAUCCUGCUGUGAUCCAAGGUAUAUGCGUACAAGCCUUGUUUGAUUCUGGGGCAUCGCAUUCAUUUAUCUCUAUAGCCUGCGUAACUGCUCUAGCACUAGAAACAGAACCCCUAAGUACGAACGUGGAAGUAACGUCACCAUUGGGGGGGAAUGUAGCUGUUAGUCUAGUGUGUAGAGGAUGCGAACUAGAAGUAGCCAACUUGCGCCGAACCUGCGAUCUUAAAGUAAUCAACAUGGCGGAUUUCAACGUAAUCCCAAGGAUGGACUGGCUAUCAACAGACGGUGAGCUCGACAAUGAGAAGAUCCAGGUGGCAGAAUCAAUUGUUUGGAUGGCUAGCUAG